AUCUAUAUAAACUUGCAGUUAGGGCAAAACCAUCAAUAUACUUAACAUUCAAUUAGUAGAUUUCAGUAAGGAAGAAAGAUGGAGAGGAGAAUGGAUCAGGAAAUAUGUCCACCAGGUAAGUGGGCAUGGCCGGAGCUUGUCGGGAAAGACGGAAAAGUUGCAGCAGCUAUCAUAGAGAAGGAGAACAAAAAUGUGCGUGCUAUUGUGGUGAGCGUAAAUGCCCCUAGAGAUGUGAUGCAGUUGUGCCACAGAGUCAGGGUUGUUGUGGAUGAAAAUGGAAAAGUCGUUCGAACUCCUAUUAUUGGUUAAACCAUAAAUAUCAUUUAUUAUCUUAAAUAAACAGUCUCAGUACUGAGACUUGGAGAAUAAAUAAUUGAAUUCUAUGA